GUGAGGGCGAGGGGUGGGCCGUGCGAGUGGGCGAUGUCUGGCGGCGGCCGCGCUGGCGGGUCUAAGAGGAAAAGGAAUUGGCGUAUAGAAUACCCUUCGUUUCUAGAAGCAAGGCCACAGCAGUCGAGAAGAGCAAAUUUGAAGACAGUGGAAGCAGCUGCCUCUCUUUCUAAAGCGUGGCUCAGGUGUGGAGAAGGAUUUCAGAACACUUCUGAGACCCUGUCAUUAGCAAGUGAAAAGACAACUAUUACUGAAAAACCCCUGGAAUUAUUUCCAAGCUCAAAGAAAGAAACAGCAGGCGAGAGUCCUGGUGAGCUGGCAGAUAUAACAUGGAGUUCGAGUGGAAGUGACUUCUCAGAUGAAGAUAAGGCACUCCCUCAACUACAGAGAGACGGUGGGCACGGCUGUGAAGCAGACAGGUUUUGUAGCAGGACUGCUUCAUGUCCAGAAGAUGGAGCCGCUGAAGAUGGAUUGCAGCUGAUUGAGUGGGAGAUUAACAGUGACGUGGAAGGUCCUGGGGGGCCCAGUGAGUGUGAAGAUGGUGAGGACUCCGUGGGCAUCUCGGAUUGUGCUUCCUGUGCAAGUGGUCGUUCCUUGACAGAUGAUGACAGGCUCUGUGAGCUCCCUGAGCCAAUUUCUACAGAAAUUUUGGAGUAUUCAUCAGAUAGUGACAAAGAAGAUGACCCAGAGAAUGCCCUGUUUAUUGAUUCAGAAUCCCCUCACAAAUACCGGGUGGAUUUUAAAUCAGAUGCAAGAUGGUCUUUGAACAGACAGACCGACUCAGAGGCACACUCAGCUGAGCCCAUGUUUAGCACGCCCCAGAAAUAUACAUCCAACUUUCCCAAGACUUCAGAAAAUUCAGCAACAAAGAAGAAGCUGUUAAGAGGCGGGCUGGCAGAGAGACUAAAAGAACUGCAGAAUCGUCAGAGAUCUGCCAUUUCUUUGUGGAGACAUCGAUGUGUUUCUUAUCAAAUGACACCUUUAGGCAGAAAGUCUGGUGUCUUAACUGUGAAAAUUCUGGAACUACAUGAGGAAUGCACCAUGCAGGUUGCAGUGUGUGAGCAGUUGGCAGGGUCACCAACCCCCAGCCCUCCCCGGGAAACAGCUCCAGGACUGGGAGCCUGUCUGAAGGUUCUUUUUACCAGAGAAACUGCAGACCACCUAAGGGGGCGUCCCCAGGACAUCAUCUACAUCUUCCCUCCUUGGCAGAAACUUCUUAUCCCAAAUGGAAGUUAUCCUAUUAUUCUAAAUACGUACUUUUGUCAGAAAGCGGUUGCAAAAGAAGCGGUACAUGAAGAAUACUGUCAGGACACCUCUCUUCCAAGGAGAAAUAUAACACUGGCCCAGAUGUUUAGAAUUGAGGAUAUAACAAGUAGUUCAUGCAGAAAUCAGAUUGCAUGUAGUGGCCUGGCCACCACUGGCACAGGCUGGACCCACGGGCAUGAAAAGACAGAACAACAUCUUGCAGUUGGUGCUCCCCUGAGGGAUUCUCUUCUGGACAUUGUGGAAAGCCAAAGAUCUGACCCAUGGUCUGGAGUCGGGGUCCAAGUAGUAGUGCAGAGAGUUUACUCCCUUCGCAGCAGAGAUAGUGCCAGGAGCCAACAAUGGCGCACAGUGGGGCAUGCAGAUUCACCUGGAACGUGGAGCUGCCUGCUAGUGCAGGAUGCCUGCGGGAUGUUCGGGGAAGUGUACCUGGACGGCAGCCUCUGGAAGAGCACAGAGUUAGAAGGGCGGUCCUGCGUCGUGGCGGGCAUGAAGGUCCUGCAGAAGGCCACGAGAGGAAGGGCACCAGGGCUCUUCAGUUUAAUUGACACCAUGUGGCCCCCAGUGAUGCCUCUGGCCGAGCCUUCCUGUGGCCAGCCCAGUGAAGAGAUAAAGACUUGCCUGCCUCCCCCCACCUUCUGUUAUAUCUUCUCUGCGUAUCCGAGCCUGGGACACAUCGAUACAGUUGAAGGGGACCCCAUUUCUGAGCUCUAUCAGCCUCCAGUUGUCCACUGCUUACAAGAAAUCCUCCAGAAUGAUGAGCAUGGCACGCGCUGCAGCUUCUAUGCCAAAGUGGUUUAUCAAAGACCACAGCUAAAGAAUCCCUUGGCACAAAAGGAAAUCUGGCUGCUGGUGACUGACAUCACCCUACAAAUACAGGAUGAAAGGGACCACUCCCUUCCCAAAACCCUGCCAAUCUAUGUAGCCCCCUCAUGUGUGCUGGGCCCAGGAGUUCUAGAAGAACUUGCCAUGGCUGCGCCUCCUAACAUACUCUUCAGGGAUGCUCUUCGAGACAAGGGUCAGAUUGUUUGUGUUGAACGGACAGUCCUCCUACCCCAGAAGUCCCUCUUGUAUGUACCUCCUGGUGCUGGUUCCUGUGACCUGCCUGGCCCAGUGACACUGGAUGAACUGGGCUCCCUCACACCUGUCAACUCCAUUUGCAGUGUGCAAGGUGCCGUGGUUGAUGUAGAUGAGAGCACUGCUUUCUUGUGGCCUGUGUGUGACCAGUGUGGCAAUGGGAGAUUGGAACAGAAGCCAGAAGAUGGGGGCCUCUUCUGUGGGGACUGUUCGCGACUGGUUGUGUCGCCGCUUCAGAAGAGGAGCCUGCACAUCUUUCUGGACUGUCCCACGAGACCCAAGAGUACUGUGAAGGUCAAGCUGUUGGAGAGAAGUAUUUCUUCACUGCUGAUGUCUGCUGCCUCCACGGAUGGGAGUUAUGAAGUGAAGAACGUCCUUGGGAAGGAGAUGGGACCUCUACUCUGCUUUGUCCAGUCUGUCAGCCCACAGCAGUCCGGCUGCGUCACACUGGAGGAGAUUGAGCUUCUGGAUGCGGGAGGAGCCAACCACCCUCCUUCCUGACAUCUGGGAACUUUGCACGGAGUGUGGGGGCUUGAUUUGGGGAGCUAUGUUAACGCUACAGAGUAUUUUUAUGGUUUUUAAAUUUAAUAGGUUUCUUUUUUUUCCUGGUAAAUAGAUUAAUAGGAUGGUUUUGUAAAUUAAAAAUCAAAAAACCUUUAUUAUAUUUUUUAAAUUACCUUACUCUAAGUUUGAGAACAUGUUUCUAAAGCUUGAGUAUCUCUGUGGUCUUUAUUUUGCAUUACUUAGGCAGUAUUACUGAUUGAUUAGGACAUAGCUUUAAAGUAUUUAAGACUUUACCCAUGUGUGUACAUUUUUUCUUUGUGGUUUUUUAAUGUUAAAGCUUCAAGCAGUAUCUCCUAUUGAGAUGUUGCUGUUCUGCUGUAAUAAACAAAUGUCCAACCCAAA